UGUAGCCAUGUCUCAGACCGUUGUCCUCAAAGUUGGCAUGUCAUGCCAAGGGUGCGUUGGUGCCGUCAAUAGAGUCCUAGGCAAAAUGGAAGGCGUUGAGUCAUUUGACAUUGAUAUAAAGGAACAAAAGGUGACAGUGAAAGGUAAAGUUGAUCCCGAGGCAGUAUUUCAAACAGUUUCAAAGACUGGAAAGAAGACUUCUUACUGGCCCGUGGAGGCUGAGGCGCCUAAAGCCGAGGUUGAGCCUAAGGCCGAGACUGAGACAAAACCUGAAGCUGAGAAUAAGACUGAGGGUAAGGUUGAUGCUGAUGCUAAAGUCGAGGCUAAGGCUGAUGUUGAACCGAAACUUGAAGAAACGGAGACUAAGACUGAGGCUAAGGUUGAUGAUGAGGUACUUGAUGCCAAGGUUGAUGCUAAGGUCGAAGCCAAGGCUGAUGUUGAACCGAAACUCGUUGAAGCCGAGACUAAGCCACCACAAGUUUAAGAACUAAAGAUUGUAAUGAUGCUUUCGAUCCUUAUUUGCAAGGCUUCUUAUUAUCUUACGUUUAUGUGUUCUUGUAAGAACUAAGAAAUGUAACUGAUACAAAAAAACAAAAAAAAGAAAUGUAACUGAUAAAAAAUGUUUUCUCAAAACAAUAUGUUGGAUGUACUCGACUUUCUAUA